AUGGGCCCUGAAAUGCAACUGCGUCGACGACAAAACAUCGCUUGUCUGACGUGCAAGCGGAGAAAGGUGCGGUGCGACGCCGCCGAAAUCGCUCUCCCCUGUACGCCGUGCCGCCGAGGGGGUCUUGAAUGCAGUCCCAGCCACAAAAGACCGACAGGUCCUGCUCCUGCUCCUGCUCCUGCUCCUGCUCCUGCUCCUGCAGCCAGACCGCGAACGACAGUCUCAUCGACGCCCACAGCCACGGCCACGGCCACGUCGCACGCUGGGACUACCCACGCCCCCAGGGUAUUGCCUGACGAGGACGCCCCUUACCCCCCGGAGACGGAGACGGAGACGGAGACUGCUGAGCCUUCUCCAGGCCCCGGCCAGUCAAAGGAACCGGCGAUCAGCACGAGUCUUUCAUCGUUCGUCGAGCAAGGCAUCACAAACUCGGAAUGGAAGCUGUUUUCAGGCUCGGAUCCUCUGAGACUGGUGUAUAUCGGCACAGGCUGCAGCAAUUUGGCCACCCUCGUAGACAAUGAACAGCCCGGCAAUAACACCAUCUUAUUCCCCUUUCCUGCCAUCAAGCAGCCUUUACCCUGGAAGCCGAAAGCUGGGGUGCUCCCCUUCUCCGUCAGUAAUGACUUGCUCCACGAUGUGGGUAGCGUUCCUGAGCGCGAGGUGCGAGACGCCCUGGUUGACGCUUAUUUCCGACAUAUCCAUCCCACCUUUCCCUGCAUCAGUGAACCACUGUUUCGGCGGCAAUAUGCAGACCCUCGAAAUCCGCCGCCGUUGAUCCUGCUGCAGGCGGUCCUGCUGGCGGGAUCUCACGUCACCGACCAUCCUCUGGUGGCGGGGGCGCGUUCGACGGUGAAAAGCACGCUGUACCGACGGACCAAAGAGCUGUUUCACAUUCGGUACGAGAACGACCGGUUGUACCUGGUGCAAGCCGCGCUGCUAAUGACAUGGCACCAAGAGAAUGCCGACGAGGUCAGCUGUAAUACCUGGGCCUGGACGGGGAAGGCGACUCGCAUCGCCUUUGGGCUGGGUGCACAUCGCGAGCUCUCGUCACGCGGGCCUCUCUCGAUGCCGGCCUGGGACCGUCGAAGAUAUCGGUUUACGUGGUGGACCCUGUUCCACACCGAGACGUUUGCAGCCUUACACUUCGGCCGGCCAUGUUCCAUCCGGUGGGAAGACUUCGACGUGUCGGACUUGACAUCGGACGACUAUCUCGACCCGGACGACAAUGCCGACCCCACCAUCCGCCGAGACUGCUUCGAGCUCAACAUCGCGCUCAGCUACAUUGCCCAGGACGCCAUGAACUUGUUUGCCCCGAGAGCACCUCGCUUGUCCACCGGCACCGGCACCGGCACUGUCUCCGCCUCGCUCAGUUCGCGAUUGGCCUCGUUGGCGGUGACCCUGCCGUCAGGCGACGACGGGUUUUCCUGUCAAGCCCGGCUCAAUUACCAUCUGGUGUUGCUUCACUGCCACCGCACCAACCGGUGCGACCGUGUCUAUGUGGACGUGGACGUGGACGAGCACAGGCGGAGUGAGGCGCUCAAAGUCCGGUCCGAGGCGGCCUCGGCCAUGCUGUCCAUUCUCGAGAUCAUGCUGGCCAAGGACUACAUCCGCCAGUGCCACUUUACCUGCAACACCGCCCUUAUGGCCGUGGUGGUGCAGUUCAUCGAGGAUGUCAAGCUCGCCAUCGACGCCAACUCGAUCAUCCUCGCUUCCGGCGCCCAUGCCAAGCUGGGUCGGGUUAUUGGGCCAGCCAGGGAGAUUGCCAGGUACUGGCCCAACGCCGAGGCCAUUCUCAAGAUGUGUCAGAACCAGCACGAGAAAUUCGGGCUUGUCAUCCAGACCUAUGUCAAUGCCUCAUCCCCGCAUGAAAUUGAAUCCGUGCCCGUAGGUGUCGGUGUCGGCGUCGGCGGGGCCUCGGACGGCUUCUUGAAAGAUCUUUGCUCUGCUUACGACGGCCACGACUUUUACUUUGGCCAGGAUUUUGGCCACAGCUACGAAGGGGCCGACUACGGCUGGAUGAAUAUGCCGAGCUUCGCCUCCAACUAA